AUGUACAGAUUCAAUAAAACCAGCAUGACCAUGCCCAUGUCCUUCCCCAGCAUGGGUACAGCCCCUUUCUUUAAGGUGACUGUGUUUGAGCAGGAGCAUUUCCAGGGCAAGAAUAUGGAAUUCACGUCCGAGUGCUGCAACAUCAACAACUGCGGCCUGGACAACAUCCGUUCCAUCCGAGUCGAGAGUGGAGCCUGGGUGGGCUUCGAGCACCACAGCUUCCAGGGACAGCAGUUUAUCCUGGAGAGGGGCGAGUACCCCAGCUGGGACGCCUUCAGCGGCUCACUCGCCUAUCACACAGAGCGCCUCAUCUCCCUUCGCCCCAUCUACUGUGCCUCUCACCAGAGCAGCCACAUGAAGAUCUUUGAGAGGGAGAACUUCCAGGGCCGCUGCACCGAGCUGGGCGACGACUACCCCUCCCUGCAGGCCAUGGGCUGGCUCAAGCCUGAGGUGGGCUCCAUGCACGUGCAGUGUGGAGCCUUUGUGUGCUAUGAGUACCCUGGCUACAGAGGCCAGCAGUACAUCAUGGAGUGUGAGAAACACAGUGGAGACUACCAGCACUGGAGGAACUGGGGCUCCCACUGCCAGACUCCCAAGAUCCAGUCCAUCAGACGCAUCAGGCACUGA